CACAAUUACGAAAACAUGUCAUCUGAACAACCGAACCCUGCACAAGAUGCUUCAAAGGCAACCACCGAUGCAACCUCCACCAUUCCGAAGGUGGUUCUGACGGCAGACCAGCAGGCAAUAUUUAAUCGCAUUGCGAAGAAUGAAAAUAGUGAGUUGCGAUUGCUGCUGUCGCAGUUCAAAUCCUGCGUUGACUUUGUGGACGAGAAUGGCAUGACGCCGUUGCAGCACGCUGCGUACAAGGGCAACAAGGAAGCGGUGCAACUGCUGCUUGACCAGGGAGCGGAUGUGAACUCGAGCAAGCACGAGUAUAACUACACGGCAUUGCACUUCGGUGCGCUUUCCGGUAAUGCGGAGGUAUGCUUGAAGCUGCUGCUGGCCGGAGCCGAUCCUAAGGCGAUCAAUUCCGUCGGUCGAACACCGGCCCAAAUGGGUGCGUUUGUCGCGAACCAUGAAGCGGUCGGGACGAUCAACAAUUUCGUCCCUCUGAAGGAGGUCGAUCGUUAUACGAUGGCACGAGGCGAAAAGGAACCUUUGUUGCCGGCGGUUCUGCUCGAACCGUUUCAUAACUUCAUAAUGCAAGUUAACGUUCACCCAGUGCGGAUACUGUUAAAUCUGCAGAAGUACGGUCUGUUUUCUUCGGACAUGGAAAACCUCCGGACGGUGCUGACAGAGAUGAUGGAGUAUGAGAUGAAACGGCGCGGCGAGGUGAACGAGGUCAUGGCCUUUAAGUACCAUUAUCUCGGGUACAUCAUGGGAGAAAUUGUGAAGCAUCGUGACUACAUAAACUCUCGGCGCGAUGCACAACAAGACCCAAAGACAGAUUUCGUCGAACUGUUUGCCAAGCGAGUGCUGAAACCGAACAAGGACGGUACGUUGGAUUACGUGGAGGCGCUUGUGCGAGAGUGUGUGCGCGAGUUUCCAUUCCGAAACUGCACCAUCUUCCGGCAGAUGGUGGCACAGCUUACCAGCAAGGAAAACCUGGCCCCGGCGCUCGAUAUUGUUCGGGCGGCUAUUAACGGGCAGCGCGGUUUCCAGGACACGAUCACAUUUUGCAGCUCCUGUGGGGAGGAAAAGCCGGACAAAAAGUGUUCCAAGUGUAAGGAGGUUCAGUACUGCGAUCGACAGUGCCAACGGUUACAUUGGUUUACCCACAAGAAGGUGUGCAGCAGGCCGUCCGCCGCUGGGGGCGAGACACAGAAUUCCGCCGCCAAGGAUAUCGAUUCGACGGAAAUUAGUGAUCAGCUCCAAAAGCUCGUUGCCGGUUGA